AUGAGCAGUUUGAAUGAGCUGGCAAUUCUCUAUGAGCAGCUAUCACAUCGGAUCGCUGGAAUGUGUUGGGCUGUUCGGGAAGAUGCUCCAGUUGAUCCUGUCUAUUUGGCGUUGAAGCAAGCAACUGGCAAAUACGGCGGAAGACGAGGAUCAUCCGUCAACAAUCUUGACUCUACUACUCCAAGUCCUGGGAAUCUUUCACAAGUUUCACUUCAGGACCAGAAGGGAGAAGAAUUGAAAGGAGAGUUUUCCAAUGGAUUAGCUACACCCCGAGAUACCCUCUCUUAG